AUGGGGAGUGCGUUGAGGCUUUGGCUUUGGGGGCGUUUUUAUACUGGGUGGUUGAAGUGUGCUCGUUUGUUCAUCGGUCUCUCUGCCUAUCUCUUUCUCAUCCUUGCCUGGGAACCAUGGAGCGUGAGAAGGGAGAGAGGGGUCGUUUGA